GGGAGCAGAAUGGAUUUCAGAGUCUAGAGAACGGCACCAUGCUGCUGCAGUCUUGCUAACAAAUGAGUCUUUUGUAGUUUAGUUGCAUAGAUUCGUUUAGAAGCUUGCAGGAUUAAAGCAAAAAUGUAUCGACAUUUUGCUGCAGUUUUUUGCUUGGCUUUAGUUUUGUUUCCCAGGACGUGCACGUCGUGUCCCACACAAUGUAGCUGCUUCUACCACAAGUUAAGCGACGGAUCCAAAGCAAGGAGUGUUCUCUGCAACGACCCGCAGAUUACCAGCGUUCCUCCGAAUUUCCCCUCUGACACUUCCAAACUACGCAUAGAGAAGACGGCGAUAACGCGGAUUGCCAGCAACAGCUUCCACUACCUCAGCAACAUGGAGUUCCUGUGGAUGUCCUUUAAUUCGUUAAACAGUCUGAAUACGGAGAGUUUCCGGGGUCUUACGAAUCUCGAUGAGCUCCGGCUAGACGGAAACACCCUCACCUCCUUUCCCUGGGAGUCCCUGACUGACAUGCCCAACCUGAGGCUCCUUGACCUGCACAACAACAAGAUCACGGUGAUCCCACCUGAGGCCAUCUUGUACAUCAAGAACAUCACCUAUCUGGAUUUAUCGAGCAACAGUUUAGCCACAGUUCCCACCAACAUUCUCUCCAUGUGGCUAAAUGUCAGGCCGCAGCAGGACAGUGAUUCUGGCAAACUGAUUCUAGGGCUGCAUGACAACCCAUGGCUUUGCGACUGCCGGUUGUACGAUCUGGUGCAGUUCCAGAAGUCACCGUCGUCGACGGUUGCCCUUGUAGACACCAGGUUGAAGUGCGCCGACCCCGAAAGCUUGUCCGGAGUUCUGUUCACUGAGGCCGAGCUGCAGAGGUGUCAGGGUCCACGGGUCCACACUGCGGUAGCGCGAGUCCGUAGCUCCUUGGGCAACAAUGUCCUCCUGCGUUGCGGCACAAUGGGAGUCCCCAUCCCUGAGCUUUCAUGGACGCGAGCUGAUGGCAAAAAAAUAAAUGGAACCAUUCAGCAGGAAAUAUCCAAGGAGGGGAUCAUUUGGUCCAUUCUGAGCGUCCCCGCUGUCUCCUUUCGAGAUUCCGGAAAGUAUAUCUGCAAAGCCACCAACUUCGUCGGUACCGCCGAUGCGCUCAUCUCUUUGGUGAUCACAGAUUCAUUCAGGUCAGAGGAAGCCGCCGGUGGAUCGUCGAAAAGAAACAAAGGGAAGAAAUCGGGUGGUAUGGGAAGAGCUGCAUACCAGGAGAAACUUGUUGCCAGAUAUGUUCCUCCUUCCCCCACCUUUGCUCCCCAACCCAUAAUCGAGCCUCUGAACACCAAGAGUGUCACUGGGAAGUACGAGAUUGAGAGCUACAGCAUCUCAGAUGAGGCUACUCGACGACGAAGCGGAGCGUCCGACUCGCAGAAGCCCGCGGGAGACAGCAAGGAGGCUUUGAGUAACCUCGCUGCCAACGCUUCUUCUUUACAGCAGGCUCCCGAGAAACGGAUAGUGCGUUCAGUGAAGGUGAUUGGCGACACGGACCACACUGUUUCUCUCAACUGGAGAGCCCCAACAGCAACCAACACCACUGAGUUCAGUGUCCUCUAUGCUAUUUUUGGAGAGAGGGACAUGCGGCGCAUCAACGUCGGAGCCGGGAAAAACCGAAUCACCAUCGACGGCCUCGUACCAAAGACCAAGUACAUCGCCUGUGUCUGCGUCAAAGGCCUGAUCCCGAAAAAGGAACAAUGUGUAAUCUUCUCAACGGAUGAGGCGGCUAGUGCCAGUGGCACUCAGAAGCUAAUUAAUGUGGUGGUGAUUACAGUAGCGUGUGUGAUUGCUGUCCCCUUGACUCUGAUCGUGUGCUGCGGCGCCAUAAAGAAGCGCUGCCAGAAGCUCCUAGGUCGACAGUCCAAGGAGAUUCAGGACUCCUAUGUCACUUUUGAGACCCUUGGACCUGCAGGAAAAGUUAAAGGGAUGGAGGGCGAGUACCUGACCAGGCUGAACCCAGACGAGUCCAACAGGCUGCUCUCAGCCAGGUCAAGUGUGGACUCGGAGGCCACAGCCAGGACUGAGGGGCCGCCCAGUGAGUACUUCUGCUGAAACCCCACAAAUGCCUCAACUUCCAGAGGAUGCACCGUGUUCUGUAGCGGCCCCGGACCAGUACACCGUUCCCUGCUGGGGGCCAUCCACAACAUCUGUCUGCAUUGGAUGGAAGAAAUCAUAACCAGCCUUGUGGAAUCAAACAGUCACCGUUGUUUUGGUUGGAGAGAAUUAAGGGAAAACACACAACGUGACAGGACUGGGUUUGAUGUGUGUAAAUGUUAUUUUUGAAUGCAUGACUGCACUUUGAUAAGGACAAUGUUAGAGAGGUGUGUUCUCGAAUGUUGCUCUUGAAGUAGGUUACAACAAAAAAGAAACCCAGUCAAACAAACACGUCAUGUCCACCUCUGCACUGUGUUAUCAUCUUUACCCAAAACUUGAUCUAGUUUUAGACACAGCCUAGCUAGUAUCCAUGUCUGUCUAUAUGUGCCAGGUUAACUGACUGUUUGAAGAUAUAUUUGUUUUAUAAUAUGUGAAUAUAUGUGACCUGAAACAAAUAUUGAUGAAUGGAAAUAAAUAUUUUUCUAUUGAUGAA